UCAAAACACCUAUUGUUGUUUUCAUAGUACUACCCCGUUUUCUGUCAAACAAUCGCCCCAUUGAGUUACUAAGAAUCUCAGAGUAAAUGAACCGAAAAUGGAACGUUUUGCAUUUUUGCAAAUACCUCAGCUUAUUAGCUUACUAAAUUUCACCAGCUGAGGCCAACGUUCUUGAAUAGUUUCCACUCUAGAUUAGAGGAUGGCAAGAACUAUCUUAUCGUUUUAUAUACUGGCUGGCAUCUCACUCAUCGGUUCAUGUCAAGAUCUGACUUGCGAAGGUGACUUCAGUGUUCCUCGUUAUGAAAGCGGAGAAAGAUUUAUAACGUCAAUUGGACAGAAGAAUUACGAUUGCAGUUGCCGUGGGGUUGACUGCGAGCAGAUUACAUGUAUUGUUCUCCAAAGCACUUCGGAUACUCCUGAAUCCAGUGAAACUUGCCGAGACUCUAAGACAGGGUUGGUAUACGCACGUGGAACCUCAUUCGUCAGAUAUUUGAAAAAUGAAAAAAUACUUCAAUGCACAUGUUCUUCGAUUGGACCUCUGAAGAUCAAGUGCAAAUCCCCACAAUGUGUCAUUCCCCCUCCUCCGCCUCCGACACGUUCUCAUCUGCGGCGCAACGGUUCGUGCUAUGACAGACAUACUGAUGACUGGCAUCCAUACAAUGUUUUUUAUACUCGAAGAGUUAUUAUGAGUUAUGCUCCAGAUAUUAUCGGAGAAUACAAAUGUUUGUGCAACCACUUAUCGUCAAGAUGCGCAGCGGUUGAUCUACCAUGUUGUGACACAAGAACUGGUAGAUUUGUAGCAAAGAAUGAACGAUUUGUUGCCGAACUUGACGGAUUGUUGCCGAUGAGUUGCAUGUGCUUAGGGGGAAGAGGAAAAAUUGGAUCUUGUGAACAACUUCACGAUAGAAGAGAGAUAGGGCAAAGUCAAAGGGUCCGCAAAAAACGUUGCCUGGACACCACAACUAACAGAUAUUAUCCCGAAGGCUCAAAAUUCAUCCAGAUACGCCGAGAUGUGGAAAGAGUAUGCACUUGCCAAAAGAAACAAAAACGUUUGAAGAUCGUUUGUUCUCCAAGAUCAAGAGAAUUCCCUGAGUUUCGCUGAUAGCAUUUUGUUUUGACAUUGCUGAGAGUGAAUGUUGUCAAAUUGUAACAAUACUACGAACUAUUUUGAUGAUUAUUUUUACGCGACAGGUUGCUCAUCUCACAAAGCAUACUUGCUUCAACAUCGUGCAUUCGCAACAACUAUUAUAUACAUACUCAUCUCUACAGGCAGGACUGAUGGGACAGCACACAUUCGUGUAUCCCAAGGGGAAAGUGGACACGAGGGACAAACGGGACACGUGAGACAAUUGGGAUAUCUUAUAUAAGAUUACCUUUUGUGCGUCAACAAAAUUAACAUUAUGUCCUUACCUUAGUUUUAACCUGAUGAUGAGGUAAUGUGAUAGCGCGUAUACACAAUCAGAGUCAUAAAUCGUUGGGCGUAUGUCGUGAUCGGUAAUAUAAAAUACAUUCUGGAGGGCGAACACAAUUCUUUCCCAGGCAACUGGCGGGCCGAUUCGGACGAAUUUUGGUACGUGGGUGGUUCACAUAACCCCGAAAAUUUUUCAUUGCGAUCAGGACAGAGUAGGGAAGUUUAGUGAUUUGGAGGUGGGUACUUGUCAAUCAAGUCACACUCGAAUGAUUUUGUGGUUGAGAGGCCUUUUGACGUCUUUUCCGGGGUGGGAGCACUGAACUGAAAAUACAUGAAACGUUCAUCUCUCUCGUUUUGCGUUGUCUCAGAGCGGGACAAAUUGAUCUCCGCCAUCUUUGCAUUUAUGCUUCCAAAGUUACUUCGUGCUGCAUCUGGUUUUGGCCUGUUUUUCAUCUAUUUUAGUACCCAGUGAUCCGCAUAUGGAUGUAUAUUCGACAUUUACUGGAUAUUCAAAUACAAUUAUAUUUAAGUUAUGAAUUUAGAGCCUGAUGUGAAUCUCGUUCUUGAAACAAUUUGGUUGUUCACGAGCU